AUGUCCUUUUUAUUGAGUAGACGGUCUAUGAGUGCUUGUUACUAUUCAUUUUUUAAUAAAUAUAAUUAUAUAAAUCAAAAAUUACUUUCUUCUAAAUCAAAAUCAAAAAAGAAUAUAAACACAACAGAAUCUACUGAAAAUAUCAUAGACAUUGAGAAGUUAAAUAAUAGUAUUAAUAAUGUAAUUUUUUAUUUAAAAAAAGAAUCAGAAUCUCUUAAAUUGGGCCGUUCUAACCUAUCUUUGCUUCACAAUGUAGAAGUCUCUAUUUCCAAAGGAAAAAAGGCUUUUCUUAAGGAUUUAGCACAUAUAUCUAUUAGAGAUAAUAGAUCAAUGAUAAUGACUAUUUAUGAUAACGAUAAUAUCAAAUAUUUGAUUUCAGCAAUUCGUUCUUUAUCAUAUGGAUUGAAUCCUGUAGUCCAUCCAUCUAAUCCUCUUCAAUAUAUUAUACCAUUACCUCUACCAACAAAGGAAAGUCAGAAGAAAGUAUUACAACAAAUAUCAGAGUUGGGGGAAAAUACAGGAAUAGCUAUACGAAAUAUAAGGACAAUAAAUAUGAAACGUCUUAAAAAAGCCAAACAAUAUGGAAAUUUAACAGAAGAUGAAGUUAACUCUAAAGAAAAAGAUAUUGCAAAAAUUAUCAAUCAGGCAAAUCAAGAAGUAGAAAAAAUAAUUGAGAAUACAAAAAAAAGUAUUUUAGAAAAUAAGGUAUCUAUUAAUGCUUAUUGA